UAUGUUAUCCAACUUCAUGCUGCCACAGCAUAAUUUUCCAUAAAUCAGCAUAUAUUAAUAGUGUAUAUAUCUUAUCAUAAAAGUGUGUGGCGGUAUUCAUUUGUACGCAACUACUUCAGUCUUAAAUCCAUCCUCAUCUUAGUUUUUUUUCUUACAUCUUCAAACUAUCAAGUUGAUUAUACAUUGGAGAUCCAGGUAGCAUAGGAUAAUUUGGAAAUCAUGGCCGGAGAAAGUAAAGAACUUUCAUUGCAGGAGACACCUACGUGGGCUGUGGCAGUUAUCUGCUUUAUUCUCGUUGCUAUCUCAAUCAUCGUCGAAUUUCUCAUUCAUCUUCUCGCCUCGUGGUUAAAGAAAAAGCGUAAACAAGCUCUCCACGAUGCACUGGAGAAGAUCAAAGCAGAACUUAUGCUUUUGGGGUUUAUCUCAUUGCUCCUUACUGUAGUGCAAGAACCCAUUUCCAAAAUAUGCAUACCCAAGAGUGCUGGCCGGACCUGGCAUCCUUGUCGGGAAAAUGAUGAAUUGGAUGGUGAAAAAUUUAUAAAUCCAUGCAAAGCCAAGGGUAAAUCGCAAUUGGUUUCAGAAAAGGGGUUACACGAACUCCAUAUCUUCAUUUUCAUGCUUGCCGCUUUUCACGUCCUCUAUUGUAUCACGACUUUGGGAUUGGGUAGGCUAAAGAUGAGGGUAUGGAAAGCAUGGGAGGAUGAGACCAAGACUCUGGAGUACAUAUACCAUAACGAUCCAGACAGAUUCAGGUUUGCUAGGGAUACUUCCUUUGGACGUAGACAUCUGCACUUCUGGAGCAAGUCUCCAAUCCUCCUUUGGAUUGUUUGUUUUUUCAGACAAUUUUUUGCAUCAGUUACAAAAGUUGACUAUUUGGCUCUUAGACAUGGCUUUAUCAUUGCACAUUUAGCACCCCAGAACCACACAACAUUUGAUUUUCGGUCAUACAUCAAGAGAUCCCUCGAGGAAGAUUUUAAAGUCGUGGUUGGAAUAAGUCCUAUCAUAUGGCUCUUUGCUGUGCUGUUUCUUUUGUCAAAUACUCAUGGAUGGCAUUCAUACUUGUGGCUACCGUUUAUUCCUCUUGCGAUAAUCCUCUUGGUGGGUACAAAGCUACAGGUGAUUAUAACAAAGAUGGGAUUGAGGAUUCAAGAAAGAGGUGAUGUUAUCAAGGGAACACCAGUAGUGGAGACAGGAGACCAUCUAUUCUGGUUCAAUCGCCCUCGUUUGCUCCUUUACUUGGUUCAAUUUGUUCUCUUUCAGAAUGCAUUUCAGAUGGCUUUCUUUGCUUUUACUUGGUAUAAAUAUGGCGUGCCGUCUUGCUUCCACAAGGGGCCUAAAGACAUAGCCAUCAGACUUUCAGUGGGGAUCGUCACACAAGUCCUCUGCAGCUAUGUUACUCUUCCUUUGUACGCUCUAGUAACACAGAUGGGCACAACAAUGAAACCGGUAAUAUUCAAUGAGAAAGUGUCAUCAGCACUCAAAAGCUGGCACAAGACUGCCAAAAAGCACAUAAAAGAAGACAGGAAAUCAGGAAGUACGACACCCUUCUCGAGUAGGCCUGGAACGCCCUUGCAUGGAAUGUCUCCAGUUCAUCUGUUGCAGGGCUUCCGUUGCAGUACUGUGGAUGAUGAUAGCCUGCAAGCAACCCCACGGGGAUCCAAUUCUGACAAUGAAAUUUGGGAUCAUGAAGUGCCUUCAUCUUCCCUGCAUAACGCUGAUGAUAAUGCUGCUGAUUCUGCUGGAAGAGUUACAGUAAUGCAUCAUACAUCCACGUCCCGAAUUUCUCCAAAACAACGUUCGGUAAAAACUCAACAUGAAGUUGAUAUCGGCUCCACUGAUUUCUCAUUCAAGUAAUUGGAUAUAUACUGGGCAAAAUCGUGUAGUGAUUCUUUUAUUCUUUUAAUGCGGAAUUGCUUAGGCAAUUUGAGAUGGUUUGGUUUGGUACCGUUGCUUCUAAUUGUUGUGCU